GGCUAGUUGUAACAGAUGGCGCUAGUUGUCCAACAGCGGUUCUACGAGUAAGUAGCGUCAAUACGCAGACACGUAAGAGCGACAGUAAUGGCACGACGUCUAGAAAAGUGGUCUCGCCGGAUAUCAACACGCCACGUGUUGAAGAAAUCAUCCAAAAGGAUCGACGAGUAACCGCGCGUGAGAUUGCCUCAGAGUUGAACCUGAGUUAUGGUAGCGUUCAGCGUAUCGUAACCGAUGAGUUGCGAUAUUCCAAAGUUUGUGCCCGCUGGGUUCCACGUGCGUUGUCCGCGGAGCAUAAGGCCACUCGAAUGAUGUGCAGCCUCACAUUUCUUCAGCGAUACCAUUCAGACGGCCAAUACUUCAUUGAUCGCAUCGUUACCGGUGAUGAAACAUGGCUUCAUCACUUCACCCCCCACAAUCCAAAAGAGCCCCGAUGGAGUGGAAACACGCUGGAUCACCGACGAGGAGGAAGAAGUUUAAGUCACACACCCUCUGCCAGUAAAGUGAUGGCAACCGUUUUCUGGAAUACGACUGGUGUUAUCCUAAUCGAGUAUUUGGAGCAUGGCCAUACCAUUAAGGCCGAUCGUUAUUGUGCCACCUUAACAAAAUUGCGUAAAGCCAUCCGACGCAAACGGCUUGGAUUACUGAGCAAAGGCGUCAUUCUUCUGCAUGACAAUGCCAAGGCCCCAUACAGCUCGCCAGACUCGGGAAUUGCUGCAAAGGUUCAAGUGGGAGGUUCUGGAAUCAGCCCCCAUACAGCCCCGAUUUGGCUCCAAGUUGACUAUUUCAUUUUUCUGGCAUUGAAGCGAUACUUAUCCGGAACACGGUUCACCUCAGACUAUGCAGUGAAAACAGCUGCCGAGAAAUGGCUCAAUGAGCAGGGCCCUGAUUACUACCAAGACGAGAUAAACAAGUCGGUCGAACGUUCUGACAAAUGCCUAAACAGGUUUGGCGAGUAUGUGGAAAAGUGA